GGUAUGCCGCCAGGGCUCGCCAACAUGUUUUCGGCCAUGCAGGGCGGAGGAGGUGCUGCUGAGCCCUCACCCGACCAGUCGUCGGCUUGGAUUUGGCGCCUGGUGCACUCCAUCUUCUCCCUCGGCCUUGCUAUAUACAUCGUUCUACAGACGCCAUUCACCGGGUCCAAGCUGUCCCGCGACAAUGUGGCCGACGAUGACUGGGCCACCGAGUCCUCUCCUGCACAGAAUUUUGCGCACUUCUUCUAUCUCUUCGCCACCUUCGAGGUCGUCCUCCAGACGUCGCGCUACUACAUCGAGAAAGGCCAGUUGCAGGGAAGCGGCAUACUCAGCACCGUGGCGGGUGCGCUGCCCGAGCCAUAUGCAGGCUAUGUCAGGACCGUGGGCAGGUACAGCGUCAUAUACAGCACCGUUGUCAGCGAUGCCAUGGUGGUAGUAUUCGUAUUGGGCGCUUCGAGCUGGUGGAGAGGCGCGGCUGUUGCAUGA